AUGACUGGUUUAAAAAAUAGAUCUUCAAAGGAAACUAAAGAUAGAUCAACAGAAGAUAAAUCCGAGAUUAAGAAAAAAUCAAGUCAAAAGUUUAAUGAUAAAAAUGAUAAUAUUGCUAAAUCUUCGUCUAUAAAUGGUGAAAAAAUCGAUAAUAAUAUAAAAGAAGAUAAGAAUGAAAAUUUGGAUCAAAUUGAAGAUCAGCAAUCAAAAGAUGAAGAUCAUCAUCAUCAUCAUCAUCAUCAUGAUCACCACCCGCAUCACAAAUCAAAACAUAAAAAGAAAAUUCAUGAAUCAAGACGUGUUAUGUUUAUAUUAGGUAUUGUAUUAGGUCUAAUAUUAACAGUAUUUUUUUCAACCAAAAGUUCCUUCUCAGCAGAUUUAGAGCAAUUUGUAAAUUUAGAUCAAUUAAAUAAUUUAUUUGAUGAUUUUAAAAAUUGGCAAAAUAUUUUACCAACAUCAAUUCAAUCAUAUUUACGUGAUGUUAAUGAUAAAUCAGAUGAUAAUUUACAUGGUUCAGCAGAUUCUUUUAGUGUUGGUAUUAGAUUAAAAUCAACUAAAAAUUUUACAAGUAAAUAUAAUGUUGUGAUGGUUCCUGGAGUUAUAUCGACUGGUUUAGAAAGUUGGGGAACUACAACAACAGGAGAUUGUCCUAGUAUCUCUUACUUUAGAAAAAGAUUAUGGGGAUCAUUUUUUAUGUUACGAACAAUGAUUUUAGAAAAAGGAUGUUGGUUGAAACAUAUUCAACUUGAUGAAGAAACAGGUUUAGAUCCUCCAAAUAUUAAAGUACGAGCUGCACAAGGUUUUGAAGCAGCAGAUUUUUUUAUGGCAGGUUAUUGGAUUUGGAAUAAAAUUUUACAGAAUUUAGCAGUUAUUGGAUAUAAUCCUGAUAAUAUGAUUUCUGCAGCUUAUGAUUGGAGAUUAUUAUACAUUGAUUUGGAAAGGAGGGAUGGUUAUUUUACCAAAUUAAGAACGCAUAUUGAAUUAACUUAUAAAAUGACGGGACAAAAAUCAGUUUUGGUAGGACAUAGUAUGGGAUCUCAAGUGAUUUUUUAUUUUUUAAAAUGGCUUGAAUCUCAUGAUAAAAAUUGGGUUGAUAAAUAUAUAGAAUCAAUUGUUGAUAUAUCAGGUUCAAGUUUAGGUACACCAAAAACCAUACCUGCAUUAAUUUCAGGAGAAAUGAAAGAUACAGUUCAAUUAAAUGCAUUAGCAGUUUAUGGAUUAGAGCAAUUUUUCAGUAGAAGAGAAAGAGUUGACAUGUUACGUACAUUUGGUGGAGUUGCAAGUAUGAUACCAAAAGGAGGUGAUUUAAUUUGGGGCAAUUUAACUUAUGCACCAGAUGAUCCAAUAAAUACAUUACAAACAGAAAAUGAAAAUAAUAAAAGAAUUAAUCAAACAAUUGCUAAAAAACCAUCUACUGGUUCAUUUGGUUCAUUUAUAAAUUAUAGAAAACGAGAUGGUACAAUUGAGAAACAUACAAUUGAUGAUAGUAUUGAGCAUUUAUUAAAUAAUUCACCAGAUUGGUAUGCGAAAAGAGUUCGAGAAAAUUAUUCAUUUGGAAUUGCAAAAACAGAAAAAGAAUUGGAAAACAAUAAUAAUGAUCAACUGAAAUGGACAAAUCCUUUAGAAGUUGCAUUACCGAAUGCACCAAAUUUAAAAUGGUAUUGUUUUUAUGGAGUAGGUAAUCCAACAGAAAGAUCAUAUAAAUAUAUACCAGCAGAUUAUAAUACAACGAAAUUAAAUUAUGUUAUUGAUCCAGAUGCAAAAGAUGGAGUUGCAUUAGGAGAUGGAGAUGGUACAGUUUCAUUAUUAACUCAUACAAUGUGUCAUGAAUGGGCUAAAGGAAAUAAAUCAAGAUAUAAUCCAGGGAAUGUACAAGUUAAAAUAGUUGAAAUUAAACAUGAACCAGAUCGUUUUGAUUUAAGAGGUGGCGCUAAAACAGCAGAACAUGUUGAUAUUUUGGGUAGCGCCGAAUUAAAUGAAUUAGUUUUAACAGUUGUAUCAGGAAAUGGAGAUUCAAUUCAAGAUAGAUUUGUAAGUAAUUUAAAAGAAAUUGUAAAUAAACUAGAUAUUUAA